UGUAUAUAAACAAAACCCAUCUUCUAUAACAUUAUCACUUAGGUUUUGGAGAAAAUUGUAAAAGAGAGCUGAGUAAAGAUGAGUCUUAAAGAAAUCAAGGACCCCAGUGGCAAGGUGGUUAUGCGAGUAAUCGAAUAUGAUGGACAAUUAUUUCCUGCAAAUGUCUUCGGGGAUGUGAGCAAUACUCUUAAAAAUCUUAACGAAAUGGAAUUUAAAGACAACGACAUCUGUAUUGUAUCUUACCCAAAAUCUGGGACACACUGGUGCUAUGAAAUAGUUUCAAUGCUUCGCAACAAUACUUCCGAUUUUCAAAAAGGAGUACCUCCUCUUUUUGGAAUGUUUCCUGUCGAAGAACUUAAGCAGGUGCCCGAUGGUGUAUAUGUAUCCCAUUUCAUGCCACGGCAUAUGCCAAAGGACUUCAUCAAAAAGCAGUGUAAAAUUAUCAACAUCUACAGAAAUCCAAAGGACGUCGUCGUUUCACUGUUCAAUUUCAUUAAGAAAACAAAAGCCGGAGAUCUUAUGAAGGACAUGCCAUUCGAUGUCUUCCUCGAAAUGUUUUUCAACGGCCAACUUCCUGGAGGGACCUGGACAAAGUUCAUAAAGGAAUGGACAAAUUUCACAGAAGAAAAUCCAUCGUACCCUCUACUGAACAUCUGCUACGAAGAUAUGAAAAAGGAUUUAAGAGGUUACGUUAAGAAAAUUUCAACGUUUCUGGAAUUGGAUUCCAGUGAAGAGCUAAUGGACGAGAUCGCCCUAAAAUGCCAAUUCCAGGCAAUGGCCAAGUUUAAGAACGAUCAUGUCCCUGAAGACAUGAAGAAAGUAACAGAUGUGAAUGAUAAGCAUGUUCUCUACAGAAAAGGUGAAGCGGGAGAUUGGAAAAAUUGGCUGAAGGUCGCCCAAAGCGAGGCAUUUGAUGCAAGUGUUAAAGCAGCUAAUAUUCCUUUGGAUAUCAAGUACAUGUGAAGGAGACAAAAAGAAGAUACAUUCGCUUUAUCUGAAAAAUGAAAGGAAAAUCACAUGCUAUAAAUAUCUGAAUUCUUGUUAAACUCAUGGAGUGGAAUCUCGGGAAAAAAUCA